AUGCCCCCUUCUUCUUCUCCUGCUCCCAUGGGAGAACGUAAAUCAUCCAACAUCUCCAAGUACCUCUCGGCUCUGGAAAUCUUUGUCGGUGGCCCAAAUGGUGUUGGUAUGACUGAUGAAGAAGCAAUCUUGGUGGCGGCCACCCACUUCCGUGGCAUGACUGCCAUGUGGUGGGCCAUCUGUGAGACCGAAGUCACAAUGUGGGAAGUCUUCUCUGAGGAGUUCAAGAAGCAGUUUGCCUCCCGGCAGAUGGAAGAUGUCUGGUGGAUGGAAAUCGAUGAAGCCAGACAAGGCUUGGGACAAACCAUCGGUGAGGUGGCCCUCCGCCUGCAGGAACUCUUUGAUCUGGUUGCUUUGGCCAAUGAGACCCAAAUAAUCCGGAUUUUGUUGAAGGCUCUUCAUCUGGAGAUUGCUUAUGAGGUGGAGAAGUCUGGUCUUCCUUGCUCCUGGGACGAGUUGGUUCAACAAGCCGCCAAGGUAGAGACAGUCAAAGAGAAGUAUCAUCGUUCUGGUUUGCGCUCUGUCCCCGAGUUUGGUCACUUCUCCGGGCAAGGUUUGGUGUCCAAGAACUCCUUCGUGGAGGAUGCUCUCUCCAAACUCAUUCAAGAAUUCAAAUCUAUGAAGAUCCAUUUGGUUGACACUUGUUAUCCCCUCUCUCAAACUUCCGGCUCUUCUGGAUUUGGUUCGUCUGACUUUGGUGGCUCUGGUUCUAGUCCUGGUGGUUCUGGUCUUGGUGGUUCUGGUCUUGAUAGUUUUGGUCCUGGUGGUUCUGGUGGUCCUGGUGGUUCUGGUGGGUUCUCUGGUUCUGGUCCUUGUGGGCCAAGGGCAUCAGUAAGUUUUGCUGAUGCCCAUAAUCAACCUAAGGUGUCUGUCUCUGAGGACGCUGCUAUCAACAUGGUUGAGACUGCUCCGGUGUAUGCUGCCAAACGUGCUAGGGUGGUUGACCUGUUGUCUUCUAAGGGUCUGUAUACUUGUAACAAAGGAAAGGCUGUUGACAAAACAGUACCGUUACACUCUCUCUCAAACACGCUUCCACCGCUUAAACAGCACUUAUAUGCACAGGGUCAGCUCAACACUUUCCCUACCAACAAUACCUAUAUGACUCCGGCUCUGGACCUCUCCCCUCCUGUUGGUUCUUCCCCUUUGGCCCCCAAGCCCCAUCAUUUGCGUCCGCCUCUGAGGGAACUCCCAGUGCACAUCAGCCGCAAAGAUGUCUGGGAGAGACUGAAAAGUCUCCUCUUGGACAAGUGUGCAUCCAAGGACGUCAAGGACGGGUUGCGUUUUCUAUCCGGUUGGAAGUGGAAGGUCGUUGCCCCUGGGGUGAACAUGGUCCAGCAUCAAGAGGAGUCGUCAGAUGGCGAGUCUUUCUAUUUGGACGAUUGGGAAACUCAGUCCCUGGAGACCAAUGCAGCAAACCUGGAUUGCGAUAGCAAGCUCGAUGGGUAUGACAGCAACGACACAGUCUACAACUAUCAUUACAACUAUAAAGACUUUGCGUCCAGUCAACCCCUGAGAGCUCCUAUCACCAUCAAUGGUCAGAUUAUCCUGGCAAUCUUUGACUUGGGUGCCAGCGUGUCUGUCAUCAGCAAGGCUUUGGCUCUUCGUCUCAGUUUGGUCCCCAACAGUGAUCAUCUGCCUCUCUCUUCCUUGGAUGGUCAGGCUCAUGCCCCAUGCAACAUAACUGUCAAUGUCACAAUUCGUGUCACUGGGAAACUGAGACCUGACACCAUGUGUAUCAAGAACAGUGGCUCCAAUCACGAUCUGUGUCUCCUGGGAAUGUCUUGGUUCUGA